AUGGACAUCGACGCCGAGUUCGAUCGCGUGGAACGGGCGCGACGGGAGCGGGAGAUGAAGAGCGAGGCGCGCGCGAACGCGGGGUUGGGGUUCGGACGGGCGAGAAUGUUGGACGACUUGAACGUCGAUUUGUCGGCGGCGUUGAGAAAGCGCGAGGACGAGGACGAUGAGGAGGACGAUGAGGAGGACGAUGAGGAGGACGAGGAUGACGACGACGCGGAGGGCGAGCGACGAAGACGGCGACGCGAUGCGGAGGGACCGCGAUUAUUGAGCGACGGCGCGUCGGCGUUGUUCGCGGACGCGACGCGAGAUCCGGCGCUGCGAUACGUCGAUAAGAAUGGACGCGUCAAGGGCGAACCGACGGCGUUGGAUCUGGCGACGACGAAGAAGGGAGACAGUAAGUAUAACCUGCGCGGUUGGAAUUACGCGCCGACGCGAGCGGAGAAAGGGCGGUGGCAAAGAGAGUGGGAAAAGGCGGAACGCGCCAAGGCGCUCAAGACGCCCGGGUACAGACCGCAGAGCGGAAUCGCGAUUAAAUCGAAAAUUAAGGACGCGACGUUCAUGCCGGUCAAGGCGUUCGCGGAUUUAACGGAUGAAGAGAAAGCCGCGCGACGGGCGGCGGAUCAGGUCAAGUACGCGAAGAUUAAGGAGGACUUAUUGCUCACCACGGCGGGCAUGGCGGGCUCGGGCGCCGUCGCCGCCUUCGCCGUCGGCGGCGCGAACAUGGGUUACUCUUGGCUUCUCGGCGCCGCGGGUGCGAUCGUGUACGUCCGCUUACUCAGCGGCAAAGCGGAAUCCGAGAGCGUUCAGGGCGGUCCACCGAGUAUUUUAGUACCCGUCAUUCUCUUCAUGGCGCUCAACCGGUGGAACACGCUCUUCGCCCCCGACGUCGGCGUCGCGUUGACGCCCAUCCCGAUGCUCCUCGCGUUUUUCACGUACAAGCCCGCCAGCGUGCUUCAGGCGUUCAAAGACGUCUUAGCGAACCCCGAAGACGCGGACGACGCGGAAUAG